UAGAGUAAUUGAUUGUUAGUGUGAGCCAGUUUUUCAGACCAAGAUGGCGGCGUUUUCGGAAAUCGAGAUUCAAUCCGAGUUACAAGAGGUAGAGAUUGAGACGCUGCCGGUCGACGACAUGCCCGUCGAGACGAUUGUCGAGACAACCAUCGACUCGGCCGGCCAUCAUUUUAUGGAUGCAACCUGCAGAGGUGGUGAUGUGGACGUUGACGCCGAGGAAAUUGUCCUGCAAACCCAAGAGGCAGGCGAGGUCGUCGUCGGAGGUGAUGAUGAUGCUGAUCCAGACGACAGCAGCGGACUUGAUUACCUGCACAUGUACUCAGACACAAGUACAGCUUCGUCUUCCAGGAGAACAGCCAACAACAACCCAAACAGCAGGAAAGCACGCAACAACAGAUCCUCCAACACCCAUAAUAGCAGGUCCAAUCCUUACGACAAUGAUGGCUACAUCAGCAACACCACAACAAACAGUCGGAAGUGGGAGCAGAAACAAGUGCAGAUCAAGACUUUAGAGGGAGAGUUCUCUGUAACAAUGUGGGCUUCAGGAGCAGAAGAAGAUGAUGGUUUCAAUUAUUCAGAUCUGGGGGAUGCAGAACUUGAUGCAGAUUACACAGAGUACAUGACCGGCAGGAGGUUGUCCUCAUCUUCCUCUGGAGGAGGUGGGGGAGGUGGUGGUACUGGUGGUGGCGGAGGAGUUACAGGAGUUGACCUCAGUGAUCCAAAACAGCUAGCAGAAUUUGCAAAAAUGAAACCCAAGAAAGAAAGAGGGAGUGAAGAUCCUAUCAGAACUAUCGCCUGUCCUCACAAAGGAUGCACCAAAAUGUUCCGUGACAAUUCGGCUAUGAGGAAACACCUACACACGCACGGUCCGCGGGUGCAUGUUUGCGCCGAGUGUGGAAAGGCCUUCGUCGAGUCGUCCAAGCUCAAGCGGCAUCAACUGGUGCACACUGGCGAAAAGCCCUUCCAGUGCACCUUUGAAGGCUGUGGCAAGCGCUUCUCGUUAGACUUUAACCUCAGGACACAUGUCCGUAUCCACACAGGAGACCGGCCGUACGUCUGUCCGUUCGAUGGAUGCAAUAAAAAGUUUGCACAGUCCACCAACCUCAAGUCGCACAUCCUCACUCACGCCAAAGCCAAGAGUAAUCUGGGCCGACAAAUGAACUCUGCCCUUGACUUCGGCGAGGAAGCCGAGCUGGACGAACCUCAGUUCGUUCAGGUGGAAGUGGCCGGUCCCGACGAGCAGCAAUUUAUCGUCUACACCGAAUAAGUGCCCCCCACCAUCCACAGUUUCCUUUUCCCCCUAGAUCGAGUUGUUCGCCUGAUUCCCUUUUCUCACCUCCCAAUCUCCUCUCUCUCUUUGCCUGAGUGAAAGAAAGGUUAAAGUGUAGCCAGUGCGUGCAGUGUUAAGAAAAGAAAGUGGCAGAUACCCUCGGAGACUCGGUGCGUGUGGUUAACUGCUGGACAAUUGUUAGCUACGUGCCUGUGUGAACGAGCGACCGAAGCAGAAAAGUUAUGAAAACAUUUUUGCGUCUCCUGUUUAACGAUAUGAAGGAUUCGUCCGUCGUCCUGUCAGCGAUGGUUCCUUUGUGUGUCCGUGUAAUGUUACUGUAUUGUGUAGUGACCUGUGUUCAUGAUUGAAUUGAAUUGACCAAGUUGUCCACCAUC